AUGAUUACAUCCAAUCUCAGUGUAUUGAGCAGUAUAAAAAUGCAACUUCAAACUUUACUCGCCCUCCUUGUUCCGACUACUGGAGCCCUAGCGGCAUUUACUUGCGCGCGUGCGCCUACUCAAGUAUCGACAUCGACUACUAUUUCUGGGCCAUGUCUUUAUGGAGAUAGUACUCGAUGUGUCAGAGGCUCUGUGGGGAUUUGGUUUUCGCCUCCCAAUGGCAAUAAAGGCGGCGUCUUACGAAUCCGCAAUGACGAACACGGUGUUAGGAAGGUUGUCGCAGUUGUGGGGGAUAAGGGAACUGCAAGUUUCUGGAUUAAUGGAGGCGACGAAUGUGUUACAAAUUUGAAGAUGAACAGUGUGGAUAAAUAUUUCAUAUUCCGCAAUGUGUAG